AGUUUGCUGUUGCUCGUUCUCACCCUGAGUCUUUUGUGCGGGCUGAUCCUACUGCUGCUCGUACGGUCAUCCCACAUGCAAUCCUACCUGGAAAAUUCCGUCUCGAUGCCCGUCGCGCGGACGGGGAGAGAGCAGAAACAAUCCUCAAGGCUGUGCCUCACUGCUGAAUGUAUACACGCAUCAUCUUCGAUACUCGAAGCCAUGGAUGAAAGCGCGGAUCCUUGUGAGGAUUUCUAUCAAUUCGCUUGCGGACGAUGGGGAGCGCAUAACCCCCUGAAUCCCGAUAUGAGCGGCCUCGACACUCUGGCUCUGCUGAAAAACGAGAUGCGUCGUGUCUUCAAAGAUCUUCUGGAAGCACCGAUCACGGACAGGGACGGACGAUCGGCUGGACAGGCGAAGAUUUUCUAUAAAUCAUGCAUCAAUGAAACGGCGGCUGAGAUCAAGAAAGAGAAACCCCUGCUAGAGCUCCUCUCUUCAUUGAAACUCAAGUGGCCAAAUGUCGGAGAAGCGCCGCAUGCGAACUCUACAGUAUCCAAUGAUCUGGAGAACUUCGACUGGCACGACACGUUGAUUGAGUUCCGGCGGCUCAAGUUUGAGACGUUUUUCCAAGUUUUUUCACAAGCGGACCAACUUGAUUCCUCAUCGAGAAUCCUUCAGCUGGAUCAGCAAGAGCCCUUGAUACCAUCGGUCGACUUCAGCACGGCGAGAGGGAAGAAGCAGAUCGAGGCGUACCACUCUAUGAUGGUUUUGGCAGCUGAGCUCUUGGGUGCAAACAGGACGCAAGCGAUUGAUGACAUGAAACACGUGGUUCUGUUCGAGAUCAAGAUGCGCACCUUCCUGGAAUCUAGCGAGAAGCGUAGAAACUUCACAGCCAUCAACCACCGGAUGACGUUGGCUGAAAUCAAUGAAUUUGUACCAGAACUGAGGAUUCAUAAAUUGGUGGAUGCUAUUUUCGAGAGGAAAUUCGCACCGAACACUUCCUUGGUAGUUUACGCCCCCACCUAUCUGAAGAAGCUGAACGAUCUCAUUUCGAAUACACCAAAAAGGACGCUGGCGAAUUAUAUGGGAUGGAGAGUAGUGUAUUUUUUGAUGAAUUUCCUCGAUAGGCGUUUCGUUUCGUUGCGUCAAAGAUAUACGAACGUCGUCACCGGGACUACUCAUCCUAUACCGAGAUGGCGCCUCUGUGUAACUCUAGUCAAUAUAAAUCUCGGCAUGGUCACGGGAGCCAUGUUUCUUAAGAACCAUUAUUCACCGUGGAUGAAGGCAUCUGCAGAAAUGAUGAUACGAGACAUACGAGAAGCUUUUUUGGAGAAUCUCUCGGAUUUGGACUGGAUGGACAGCAGCACGAAACAGAGCGCCAUACGGAAAGCGCUUGCCAUGAAUUUCAAAGUUGCUUAUCCGGAUGAAAUCCUGGAUCAGAACUGGCUCGAGCGCAACCACAAGGUUGUUUUCACAACGGACAAUAUUUUCGAAAAUAUCAUACGCGUGAGCAAGUUCCGUCAUUUGAAAGAACUAGAGACGCUUGGAAAAGAGAAUGAUCUCAGAAGAUGGCUCAUGACCCCUGGUACGGUGAACGCGUUCUACACUCGAACGGGGAAUUUCAUCACUCUGCCGGCUGCUAUACUCCAGCCGCCCAUGUUCCAUCCCAGCUACCCCCCUGCGAAGAAUUACGGAGGGAUCGGAGUGGUCAUCGGACACGAGAUCACUCACGGCUUCGAUGAUAAGGGGCGGCAGUUCGACGAGCAUGGCAAUUUGAAGCAGUGGUGGCAACACGAAGCCUUGCAGCGUUUCAAAGACAAGGCGCGUUGCAUGAUCGAGCAAUACUCGGGGUAUAGAGUGAAGGAGAUCAACAUGAUGAUAAAUGGUUUCAAAACGCAAGGGGAAAACAUAGCGGACAAUGGAGGCAUCAUGCAGUCCUACACGGCUUUCCGCAGACGUCAAGACGAGCUUAAAAGCACGAAAAUUCGAUUGCCCGGGGUUAACUUCACUGACGAACAACUAUUUUUCUUGACCUACGCUCAAAUUUGGUGCUCGAGCUCAACAAUUGAACGAGCAAUCCAGGACGUGCGUUUCAGUGAUCACACGGCACCGCGAUACAGAGUCAUCGGUGCUUUGUCGAAUUCGAAAGAGUUCUCCACCGCGUAUCGCUGUCCGAUCGGUUCACCAAUGAACCCGAGAAGGAAGUGUAGCGUUUGGUGAUACAACGAUGUCCUUGAGGGCUGCACAGUACGCAGUGGCUAAACGGGGGACCCUUAAUAAGUCUAAUGUCAACUAGAUAUCAGAUGGAUGAUAUCGAAAUCUUGGAAAUAAACGGUAUUUGCCCCCCU